AUGUCAUCGCUUUGGGGUUCAAGAAACAAAAAGGACGACGACGACAACGAGGUCCGCGAUGGGCCACCGGAAGAGAGGAGGUCGAACGAAUAUGCGGCACGGGAACCCGAUGAACACACCCGACUCCUUCCAAACCGGCUUGACAGCGACAACCGCCAGUACCUGACGCCCGAUGACCCGGCAGUGUCUCCGUACAACCUCUGGACGGUCCGUGUGCUGCGAUGGGUGACUGUUCUCUUCACGGCUCUCACUUUCACAUGGUGGACCCUGACUUUGGUUUCCUCUUUCGUCACACCGCCUGGGAUGCAUACCCGCGGCUCUGGGUUCUAUGCCUUUAGCUACUCGAGCGUGGCACUUUUUACUCUGCUAUUCACCCUCGUGUUCUUUGCGGCUCCGUCCAAAGCCGUCCGGGUUCUGGCCAUCUUUAUGGCUGUUAUGCUACUCGUCAACAUGAUCCUCAUCCUCGCGGUGCAGAAGAACCGUUACGAAGAGGCCGGAGUAGGAGUUGCGAGUGUUGUCUGGGCUUUUGUAGUGAGCUUGUGGGCGCUCGCCUGCGAUCGCACUGUAAAGUGGGGUAAAGCUGAAGAAGAAGAGCGACUCACUGGCCGAGUCGAGACCAGGCGCACAGUCUGGGAAUGGACCGAGGUGCUCAUCUCUACGGUGGCCUAUAUCAUCCUGUCUUUGAUCAUCAUUCUGAUUACUGCCACGCUGAUUCUGCGAUCGCUCGAUGCCGGUUUCGGCCCGCCGGGUGAGCAAUACUGGGUUGAUGGCGACCAAUACCGGAUCCACGUCUACUGCGACGGCAAUGGCACCGACGCCGCCGGCAACAAGCUACCCACCGUUUUCUUCGAAGGGGGCGAUCUGCCAGUUGAGAAUGGACUUUGGCAAUUUGCGCAAAACGCCUUGAAAAAUGACUCCAUCUCGAGAUACUGCUUCGCUGACCGUCCGGGCUACGGAUGGAGCGAUACCGCCCCCAGUCCUCUGUCAGCUGGCAUGGCAACUGAUGCCCUCAGCGAGGCUCUCGCACGAGCUGGCGAGAAGGGCCCUUGGAUUCUGGCUAGCGCUGGAAUCGGCUCUGUCUACUCUCAGAUCUUCUCCUCUCGACAUGGCAGGGAAGUGAACGGCCUCCUUUUGAUCGAUCCUCUGCACGAAGACCUGCUUCACCGCGUUUCGGACCCCGGCAGAGGUUUUGCGUACUGGCUUCGCGGUGUCUUCUCGCCUCUUGGACUCGAACGCCUCCCAGGCGCCAUCUUCCGAGGACGCACGAGCGCAGAUCGUGUCUGGGGUCGCUCAGCCAGACAGAGUGGAAAGUACCUGUUUUCAAAGUUGCAGGAGAGUCUCGUCGCCGAUUCACUCACCAAGCGUGAGGUGAUUAGUAGCAAGGCCAUCCAGUACCCGGAUGCGCCUCUAGUGGUCAUUAGCUCCGGCGUCAAUAUCCGCAAGGACAGCGAAUGGGAGGAGAAGCAGAGAGACUUUAGCCAUCUGACGAAAAAUUUGAAGCAUUGGGAUACGGUCGACGACGCGCCUCACAAUGUAUGGGAGACGUUGGAUGGACGCCAAAAGAUUGAAAAGAGACUUCGACAGAUGGUCCAUGCGUGA